AUGGCGAAUGCAACAGUAGCUCGAGUGUCGAUACUUGUAGUACUAAUCAUCCUCUUCACUUCCUUCUUCAUGACUUUGCAAGCUCGUAAUCUCCAAGGCCACCCAAAUAUUCAUGAAAAUGCAGGUAGCACUCAUCGCCUUUUUCACAAACUAAGUUUUGAUCUAUCAAAGCAUUUGCAUGUUCAAGACGAUGAUGUCCCUCACAAGGAUGGAAAUGAACAUAGACUCACACCAGAGGGGCCUGAUCCUCAUCAUAAUGCAACACCACCAAGAAAUUAA